AUGGCGCCCUUCGUUGAUGAGAAUUUCUCCGCCAGCCAAAAUGUCUCUGUGGAUUUCUCAAAGCUGCAGACGACUGCCGCCAAGGCCGAGAAUUUUGGCCUGGAAACAUCAGCUCUUCUCAAUCUCCAUCUCGAAGACAUGGCUUUCUCGUCGCAAGUUGCUGAGGUAGAGAAGUGGUGGUCCUCCCCGCGGUUCUCGGGCACUCAACGCCCGUAUACUGCAGAACAGAUCUGCAGUGCGAGAGGCAGCCUCACUUUCCCUUGUGCCAGUGAUACAUUGAGCAAGAAGCUAUGGUCCAUCCUAGGGCCAAGGGCCAAGGACACUGUGCCGAGGAAGGUCGAUCACCUCUUCAAAGCCCAGCUAUUCCACGACCGCAAGCAGAGGCAGGAGCGGCUGAGCCUCCCUCCUCGAGAGCGUCUAAAUCUCCCUCAGGUCGACUAUCUCAGACCCAUCAUCGCUGAUGCCGAUACCGGUCACGGUGGCCUCACAGCGACGCUGAAGCUCGUCAGAAUGUUCAUCGAGUCUGGCGCCGCGGGCCUCCAUAUCGAAGACCAGGCCCCGGGCACCAAUAAGUGCGGUCACAUGGCCGGCGAGGUGAUGGUACCAAUGCAGGAGCAUAUAGACCGUCUGGUCGCCUGUCGGGCCCAGGCGGACAUGAUGGGUACAGAGCUCGUUAUCGUCGCACGCACCGACUCGGAGACUGCGACGCUGAUCACGUCCACCAUUGAUGCGGGGGACCAUCCCUUCAUACUGGGCGCAACAAACCCGUCGGCCGCGCCAUUUAUCGACGUGCUGAUCGCGGCCCAGAACAAGGAGAGCACAGAACAGGAGCUCUCAGCCCUAGAGAAAAGGUGGAUGUCUGAGGCCGGGUUGAAGACCUUCGACGCCGCUUUUGAAGAAGCCGUUGUGGAGAAGGGACUCCCGGAGGGCACCGUCGCCAAGUACUUGGAAGCUGUGAAAGGCAAACUGUCUCUGAGCCAGCGUCGCAAACUUGCACACAAGCUCCUUGACGGAAACGACAUCUUCUUUGACUGGGAUUCACCCAGGACCCGGGACGGGUGCUACCGCUACCAGGGCGGCAUCAAGUGUGCCAUGUUCGUGGUACAAACUACAGCCCCUACGCAGGUGGACCUCGUGUGGAUGGAAUCCAAGAUCCUGUCAUACGAGCAGGCGGCCGACUUUGCCGAGGGCAUCCACGCCGUGUACCCAGGCAAGAAGCUCGCGUACAACUUAUCGCCGAGCUUCAACUGGAAGCGGGCGAUCCCACAGGCUAACGAGCAGGCUUUCUCCAGGCAAGGAAUGCAGGCCUACGUGGAGCAGAUACAGGAGCCGGAGCGUGAACACGGUGUCGACGUGCUCACGCACCAGAAGUGGUCAGGUGCGGGCUAUAUCGACUCCUUGCUUGCCAUGGUCUCCGGCGGGAUGGUGAGCACGAGGAGUAUGGGCGAGGGCGUCACCGAGGUCCAGUUUGCAACGGGCGGGACCAAGGACUACGCUCUUCACACCGUCCACAGUGUUGAGUGCCCAGCCGCCGCGUCCGGGCCCCAAUGGCGGCCAACGUACCUUCGCCGUCGGGUACUCGUUGCUUUCAGUGCCAUCUUUCUACUUAUGAUUGCCGUUUUGGAGCUAAUCAAGGCGUUAUCGGCUCGAAACGACGGUAUCGCAAAAGGCUUCAACAAAGAUCACUACCUCUGGACUUUCGGACCGACGGCCGUCUUGACCUUGACCGCGGCACUUUUUAACCGGGUCGAGUACCAGGCAAAGAUCAUGGCGCCAUGGGAACGCCUAUCCAAGCACCCUGCACCUGCUCGAAAGACCUUGCUUCUGGAUUACGUGUCCCCCUUACAGCCUGUCGCAAUCUACGAAUCCCUGAGGAAUAAAGACUUUGUUGUAGCAGCAACUGCAACUAUCUCAGUCUUGAUAAAGCUUCUCAUCGUGUUGUCCUCGGGCCUGAUCACUUUGUCGCGAGUUGGAGUACACUACGCAUCAAUGCCAAUGGAGGUUCAAAACACCUUUAUCGACGAUGAUGCACCCCUUCGCGAGGGAAGCAGCGUCCCCUAUUUUAUCUUGCAGGGCUUGAUCGAGGGCAACAGCUACCCCCAAGGGAUAUCCAGCGAAUUCGCAUUCCAGUCAGUACGGAGCCAGCUCCCAGAAACGGCACAAUAUGAAGUGGUUGUGGACGGCCUCACAACUUCCUUGGAAUGCGAGACUGCUGAGUUGGACGUGACUGAUGUUGGGUAUAGCACAAAGUACAGCAUGGAGAGCAUCAUGAACCUCACUAUAAGGUCUCCUGGCUGUAAUGUCAGCCCAGGGCUAUUUUAUGGCCCUGUACUCUGGUCACAGGAUACGCCGAUUCAGCUGGCAGUCGGGAGGUUUCAGCCUGUACAGUGCGCCGGCCCAGUACUUGCAGAUGACACGAGCUGGCGCGCGCUUAUCAUGUUCGGGCUCGAAGAGUGGAUCGUCAACGAGACUAUACCAAACGAGGACCCAUCUCCUGAUUGUAUUGGAUCCAACUGCAAUGUCACCACCGUCGUGGGUGGCACAUUGCUCGAAUCAGCACAGCUACUUUGCACCCCUAGAUAUGAGAUCACGAAGGUCAAAGUCGUCCAGAACGGAACCAAAGUCCAAAGCGUAACGACGGCCCACACAAGUUCGGGAGAGUAUUCCAAUCAGACUUUGGAUCACGUCAGGCCGUGGAGCUUCAUGAAGGCAUACUUCGAUUCUUUCGAUCGAACCAUGACUAGAUAUCAUAAAUGGACAGAAGUCAACAUCAGCCAUGAAAGCUUGUUUUUGGACCCACGCAUGUACGGUCUCGUGGAACACCAACUUACGGCUGGAACCGAUUUGUCUUCGCUUUACAAUCCAUAUUUCAUUCAGUCCCUCGCUAUGACACAUUACCAGCAAGCCGGUGCCAUUAUUGCGAAACAACUUUUACUGGAACCCACGUCUCUUAACACGACUGGCUCAGCCAUUGUUAUGGACGACCGCCUUAUCGUGAGAGAAUGGGCAGUUCAGUGGAUGGUUGGUGUAGUCCUGAUUUGCACAGCUCUUUCAAUACUCUCAGCCUUCGUCAUCCCGCGGCAUGGGAUACUGCGCCGAAGUCCGAGUACACUUCCAGGAAUCGCGGCCCUUGUCGCGCAAAGCCCAGAUUUAUUGGAGAAGCUGCGAUACUCUGGUGAUGCCGUCUCCAAGACCUUGCGUCUACAGCUAGAGGGGUCCAGAUUCCAUUCCGAGGUCAUUCACCAUUCAUCACCUGGCCUGGGUGAGCCCAACCAAUCUUUUGUUAUCAAGGGCGUCGUUCCGGCCAGCGCAGAUGAAUGUCGAUCUGACUUCUUCCAAAGCGAAUCAACUCACCCUCACCCUUGGAUACUCCAUCCUGCAUCGCGACUCGGUCUCGGCCUCAUUUUGAUAGCCGUGGUAGCGACUCUUGAGGUAACUUUGCACCAGUCUAAAAGUCACGACGGGCUAGGUAAUGUGGUCGAUGACGCAUAUAUACAUUACACAUGGACAUCAAUCCCGACCCUUCUCUUUGGAGGUCUUGCUAUGACUUUUUCUUCUAUCGACUUCAGCAUACGGUCCUUGGCUCCCUAUACUAGCUUGAGCAACGUUGCAACCCCUGAUGCUUUCAAAGCUCUGCACUUUCUCGACAUGUCGGUGCCCUCAGCUAUAGUUAGGGAAGCAAAGCUGCGCAAUUUUGGUGCCUUAGCGACGACUACGACGUUGCUUAUUGCCUCAUUCUACACCAUCUUUUCCGGAUCUUUGUUCCACGGCGUCUCUUUGCCAUCCGCGACUCUUGCGCUGCUCCGGGCUAAUAACUCGUUUGAACCGACAAGCAGUGAAACUUCAUUUGGUAUCAAUGCGCCCUUGAUUCUCUUGGGCAAUUUAUCAUAUCCCAGUUUCACGCAUGAGGACCUUGCUUUCCCUCAGUUACUGCCGACCAUGGCCCUGACGGCCAAUGGAUUGUCCAACACGUCUCUCCUCUCAAUUAAUGCGGUAGUGCCCGCGUUGCGAUCACAUUUGGAGUGUCAUUUAUAUGACAAAAGCACGAUUCGUGUUGAAGUUCAUCAUUGGUACGACUCCUCUGAUGCCGCUAACAAGGGGAACACUCUAGAUGUUGCUGUCAACGAGGAGGGUUGUCCCGACCGAGGCGACAAUUCCUCUUUCAAUGCUGAAUUUGUUAUCCCCUCCAACACCUCAUAUUUCGGCCUGGGCGCCACAUCAGACUCAUUUGGCACUACUGGUAUCUACGGCAUUUACGCUCGAUGCCACGACUACCUCUUCGUUUGGGGGAAAAUGGACCCUUUGGCUGAGUUCAAAGUGGAGCACAUAACAGCGAUGCACUGCAAUCAGUCGAUCGAGGCUGUCGACGUGGAGACUAACUUCAUCGGCGCCAACCUCGCUAUUGACAUGGAGAACCCGCCCCGACCCCUGCCAGGUUCAGAGCGGGACUCAACCGCCGCCCUCGAUCCGCACUUUGGUUCCAAAACUUUGUACGCCAACGUACCCAACAUCCCGACAGACGAGACACUGGGCAGCUUCUUUGCCCUGCUCACGCAAUCUGGAUGGGCCAUACCAAUAUCCAAGCUUGGCGGUGGCAGCGACGAAGCUGUCGCUGCCGCCAUCAAGUUUCAGCAUGGUGUCUUCCUCGCACAGGCACUUAACGAGUGCCGUGUGCCUGCAGCUGAGACAAACGCCACGCUUACCCCUGAACAGGCCCUGGCCGGCCAGAAUGAUGCUGGACGCACAUUCGAGGCGACGGUGGUCGACAAGGGGGGCCGCCAGCGCGUGGUGCAGGAUGCCAUAUCGACUCGCGUCCUCGAGGCGCUGCUGCUUGCGACGCUGGUUCUAUUGGGCGUGGGCUGGGUGUGGCUACCAAAAACAAACGUGCUGCCGAAAAGGAGCCCGACGACCAUUGCGAGCGUGGUAGCGCUGCUGGCUGGUGGGAACUUGGAGGAGUGGGUGCAUGAGAUGGAUAGCGAUGUCACCGGCGCACACAGCGGGCGGGCGACAACGACAAGGUUUUGGAUGGGCUGGGGAAAUGUGCCAGACGAGGAAGGAAUACUGAUGGGGAAUGAAAACGAGAAUGGGAUCAGUCGAUUCGGGAUUUUCGCUGUCAAGGCCGAUCAUGUCGACGAGAAGUAG